AUGAGCAAAUACCAACCGAGAGUGUCAGUGAUCAGUACACAGAUAAACUUGAGUGUAGAAACACCGGAACAAACAUCACCUAACGAAGUGCCGUUUCAACAAGAAAAAACCAAACAGUUUGGGCGAAAGCCAUUUUACGGCUCGAUGCAAAUGUUUUCUUUGGUACCACCAGAAUCGGCACAUCGAGUAGCUCGACAGCACCAAUCUUUUACAACCCCGGGACCGACUAAUCGCGGUUGCUGUUACUUCUUCGGUCAAAAGUCGACUGUGACGAGCAUGUCACAAAUGCUUAACGUAUCGACAUAUGCUUCAGCAAUUGAUACUUACAAUGUUAUCUAUAAUCUAUCAGCUUGGAUGGGUGGUUGGGCAAAUCAGAAUGACAGUGCUAUAGUUCGAUUUCAGUUUCUGUCCUCGACGUUUACCUUGUUAGGAACUAGCAUUCAGAUAGGUCCCGUACUCGAUACAGAUCGAAGUGGUAAAACACAAUUGAUGUACCGAUCGGCGACAGGAAUGCUUUUACUUCAUAUACUUAGACAAAUGCCACGAAAUAAUCAAGCUUUACGUGAUAUGAUUGAAAAAUGCUCAGAUUAUUAUCGAACGAAUAAACUUGAACUAAACAAAAUUGAACAAUUUUGA